CUCAAAUGACUUGAAAGUAAAUUAGUAAGAAGCCAAGAGAAAAGAGAAAAGAAUCAUAUGACAUAUGUGAAAUUAAUUACAUAAAUGCGAUGUGAUGUAAUUGAAAACAUCUGUUCGAAGAAUAAAAACAAAAAAAGGAUAUAAUGCAUAUAAAUGAAAUGUGGUGUAACUCGUAUAAUGAGUUGACGUUUUAAAAAUUUUCAAAUGCGUUAGUGACGUGAGUGUGUCAUGUGAUUUCGGCGAUGUGAUUGAUCUAUAAUCAUAAGUUGUGGAAUAUUUUAAAGCAUAUGUAAUUGGUAAACAUGAUGUGAUUGAACUACAUUCAUUUUAUAUUAACACAGAAAAGUGUGGCAAUGUAGUUGCGAUGUGAUUGUGAUGCGAUUGAUCAAAAGUCAACAUUUGGUGGAAUAUAUUUCAGCAAAAGUUUUAAUAUUAGUAAUUGCAGUAUGAUGCGUGAUAUUUAAAAAUCAUUUAAUGUUUGGUCAUUUGACACGAAAUCUUGUGAGUAUUUCUAAAUCAUGUGAUUGAUCUAAAUAUGUCAUCAGCAAUUAAAAUAUAUUUUACAAAAAACUCCUACUUAGUUGAUAGUAGUAGAAUAGUAUGAUCACAUAUAACAUUGGAACACUGUGUCGACAUCAUGUAAGGCUUUUUGUAUCAUAAGGCUGGUAAUAAAAAUGUCAGUCAGCGAAAUAUAUUUUAGAAACGGCAAAUUAUAAUUGAGUGGAUGAGCGGCAAUUGAGUGCGAUUGUAAAAUUCAAAAUAUUAUAUGUGAUCGACAUCACCUGAUGUCAUUCUAUAUCACGCGAUUGGUCUACAUAAAUAAGCAGUUAUUAAAAUAUAUUCCUGAAAAAGUUUCUGAACAGAAGAUAUCAUAUUAGCGCACUAUACACAAUCAUAUCUCAAAUCAGAACACCACAAUAAAUCAAGUGCCUUAGCAACAUGUUGCAGCAACAAAAAUAUAUAUUUUUAUAAAUAUUUACAAGUCAACAUCUGUUUUCGGUGAAAUUUUGCAAAAUCGAUAAAAAUCACCACACAUUAAACUACAAAUUUAAAAAAGAGAACAUAGAUCCACACAAAAUAUAUACACGCUAAAACAACAAACCAAGCACGCACGCACGCAACAUUUUAUGGAACACACAAAUAUUUUGAAUUGCAAUGAUGUUCAGCUCCGCGGAUGUGGCCGCAGUGCGUCAUGUGGUGCAACGCAUAUUGGUGCCAUGCGUGUUUGUAAUUGGAUUGUUGGGCAACUCCGUGAGCAUUUAUGUGCUGACAAGAAAACGCAUGCGUUGCACAACAAAUAUUUAUCUCACCGCGCUCGCCAUCACCGAUAUUAUUUACCUCACCAUGGCAUUGCUUCUAUCACUCCAACACUAUGACUAUGUGCAGCGGAAUGUGGAAAUCUUUUGGAAAUGUUAUGGUUAUGCGGUUUGGCUUUGUGAUGCCUGUGCGUACAUUUCCAUUUACAUAGCUGUGUGUUUUACGAUCGAACGAUUUAUUGCGAUACGUUACCCGCUUAAACGACAGACAUUCUGCACGGAAUCGUUGGCAAAGAAAGUCAUUACAGGAGUCGCACUCUUCUGCCUCUUCUCCACAAUUUCCACAGCUUUCGAACAUCAGUAUCGCAUCACUAAGAAAUCAAUUGAUAUCCAUGGCGUUGCGUGUAAUAUAACGCAAGCGAACGCGCCAGAGCGGCUCUCAUUGCUACAACUGAAUUACAACGAAAGUGUUCGACAACAACAACAGCAAGAAGAAGCAGGCCGCACGAAAAAACAAGACGACACACUACAUUUACCAUUGCAGCACUAUAUGGCACUGCCAAAAUCGACAGCAACGACAGCGCCACAUCUCGAUUUCGAAGGCAGCGGUCAGGCGGCUGCGGAUGAACGCACAGAGCACACAGCUCAUCACUGGCAGACACGGGCUGUAGACUCAGCAACUGGGACAGUAGUGCGCAAAAAGGACAAUUUGCACCGCAGUAAUGUAGGCGACACGGUGAGUAACGUGUGGAAGUCUAAACCGGAUGUAAUAUUGCGUAGAUUGAAACGUACAGUGGAGCCGAACAAGGCAGCGACCACCACAGGCAGCACACAAGCACCUUUGCCACGUUCUUUGGCUAUGCCUUCACCAAUCGCACUAAGAACUGCAGCGCCAUUGCCGGCAAUGCAUGAGUGGACCGCGCUGGCAGAAGCAGCAUCAGCAGUCACAUCGAACGACGCGCAAUUGAAAGUCUCCCGAGGUACGAUUAUGAAGAGAGCACUCUCUGCGGCGGCUGAUAGAAACAUUCCUCGAAUUAUGUUAAACUACUACUCACUGGAUAGUCGUGCCGAUCUGCUAUUGGAUACAGAAUUCUUAGUAAGUGCAGCAACGCCGCCAACAGAGAAUGCAGACGAAGGUGAACCGACAAUAGAAGACACAGAUAGAAUAGCUAAGCAAGAGCCAAGCUAUGGAAAAUUUACCGGCGCCGGUGUUUGGGCUGCUAACGCGCAGUCGACACAUGAAAAACAAGAUGCCGAAACACUUUUCUUCAACAUAACGGAUUACUGCGAGGAAGUUAUCUACUAUCAGAACAGCCAAUCGAGCUUGGGCGAAAAUGCGCUCUAUACACGCCUCUGGUACUUUUUCACCUUAUUCGUAUUCGUUUUAAUACCGUUAUGCCUGCUGGCCACCUUCAAUUGCUUCCUCAUAAUGUUGGUGCGACGCUCGAAGAAUUUACGCGGCGAAAUGACGAAUGCGAAUAGCAUACGACGCUCACGCAUGAGCGGUAAAGGGCAACGCAAAUCACACACGUCAUCCGUUUCGCAGGAGAAUCGCAUCACCGUUACGCUGAUCGCGGUCGUUUUACUCUUCAUCAUUUGUCAACUGCCAUGGGCAAUUUAUUUAAUCGUUUCGGAGAAUGUCGAUAUCGAUAACAAUCUGCAAGCGAUUAUUGGUAAUAUUUUCAAUUUUCUCGCUGACAUCAAUGCGGCAGCAAAUUUUUUCUUAUAUUGCGUACUUUCGGAUAAAUAUCGGAAAACGGUACGCGAACUUAUCACAGGUUAUAAGUAUCGUGCACAUGCACGUCACGCGACAGCCAGCACGAGCCUUUACACGAGUACGCAUGGCACGCAUUCGGUGAAUGGCAGUCGCCGCUAUCGGCCGACAGCUGCGUCGAUAGUCGUCAAGUGAAGCGAGAGAGAGAGUGAGAAAGAGAGCGGUAGCAAAUGUGCAUGACCUCGUGAUGCUUCGUGUCGUACGAAUGCUUACUGUAUUCUACCUAAUUGAAAUUGUGUGUUAAUUAUUGUUGUUGUUGAUGUGUGCUACGUUUGCGCAAAUUGAAUUUGUUAAUUUUAAUGUAAUUUAAAUUAGUUAGUAGCAUAUUUAUUAGUUAAUCGAAUUAAUUAAGCAAAUUGCUUGGCGCGCGCCAUUUAAUUAAGUUCGUUAAGUGCAUAAGUGACGCUAUACAUACAUACAUAUACGCAUAGAUAUAGAUAUACAGUUAUAUAAAUAUGUAUUUUAAGUGCAACUAUAUUUCGCGCUAAUUAAGUAUUGUAUUUAAGUUAAGCGAUUAGUUAUAAUUAAGUACAUUUAUAAGCGAAUGA